AUGCCCGACCCCGAAUUGCGCCGAUCCUCCUCAUCGUCGCUGCCCUCGCCCCGCGCCCUCCUGACGCGCAUCCUCGCCGGCCUAUCCGCCCCCAUCUCAUCGCCCGACGCUGACGACCACGACGUUCCUCCGCCGCCCGGGCUGACGCCCGCGGCCACGCUCCGCGCGCUGCCGGAGAAACAACGUAAUUUGCUGCUUACGCUGCAUGUGCUGUUCCCGCACGAGCUGCUGCCGGCGCUGGAUCUGCUGGAUCGGGGGUGCGUAAUGCGAUUGAGUGUUAUUGGUGCCAGUAGUGGUGGUGAUGCUGCUGCUGUGGGUAGUAGUGCUGAGGAAAAAGGAACGAGAGAAACAGGCGGGAGCGGGAAUGCAGAUGCAGAUGCAGAUGCAAGCGCAGACGCAGGACCAGCGCAACACAGCGCCAGCACAAGCAGCAUCGCAGCGGGACGGGCGCGCCGCCAUGGCGGCAGCGGCAGUAGCAGCGGCAGGACCAGCGCGCCCCAACCCCCUCCAAUCUAUUACGUGCGCUCCGCGCAGCCGCGGCCGCAGCAGCACUGGCGCUCGCGCAACCGCCACCAUCACGACGACGAUGACAACGACGCCGACGACGCCGGCCCCACGCACUACGAGGUGCGGCUCGCGGCGUGGUCGUGCUCGUGCCCUGCGUUUGCCGUCUCGGCGUUUCCGGCGCUCAGCGCGGACGCCUCCCGCAAGCUCGAGGACUGCGACGACGGUGUUGUAGAUGGAGAGGACGACAGCGGAGUCGACUCGUUUGGGGGGCUGCGUUCUGGGAAGGACUUGCCUCCCGUGUGUAAGCACCUGCUUGCGAGUGUGUUGGCUGAGCGUGCGGGAUGGCUGUUUGGUGCUGCGGUGGGGGUGGUGGGGGAGGGUCAGGGAGGCGUGAGCGCUGAGGCGGCUGCGGGUUGGGCGGCUGGGUGGGGUGGGUAG